UAAAACAAGUAUUAAACAUGGAUCCUGUGUAUCAAAUUCCUGACGACUCAGAUGACAGGAGAGCUCAGCAAUCAAUCUCUAAUAAAGAGAGAUCUAAAGCUUUCAGAAAAAGAAAGAAAAAAUAUUUAGAAGACAAGAUCAAACAAGUGGAUUCUUUGAAAAAGGAAGUAGAAUCACUUCAGAAAGAAAAUUCAGAGCUAAAAAUCAAAAUUCAACACUUAAAAGCCCACACCUUCAAGAGCAUUGAGUCAGAUACUGCUCCUGAUCACAAAUGUGACCAUAAGAGAAAGAUUCCAACCUCUUUACAAGAGCAAGAAAAUUACCUCUACAAUACAGUCUCUAAGAAGCUCAAGAAUAACCCAGAUGAAGUUAGGUUUUCCACUCUUGAACAAGCUUACGAGCCUGUCUAUGAUUGGAGUGAACAAAGAGCACGACUCAUUAAAAAGCUAUUCCAAGAUAUCCUUGACAACAUACUCGGCUUGCAAUCCAAAUGAUUCCAUUCUGCUGUUAAAGAAUUCCCAUUGUAUAGAUUUAUGAAGAAGCAGCGUAAAUAAAAAGAGACAGAAGAAGUAUUUUGAUAAGUCAAAAGAGCCCCAAAUCCCUCAAGAUCUUGAUAUGAAGAUACAUUACAGUGACAAAUUUCUAGAAAUGGUAAAUGAAAAUAGUAAACCUUUCAAUACAUAUGUAAAAGAGGUCAGGAAAGUAGCCCAAACUCUAAUAAUCCAAAGAAAUAAAUUACUGAAUCUUUACCAAUACUUCAAAGAAGCAAUGGAUAAAACUCAAUUUCUAUCCUGGUAUACCAAAGCCGAUUACAGCAACACAUUCAAACUAGUAAACUACCUCCAGGAUACCAAAUUCGUCCAACCCCAUUUCCUCUACGACAUCCCCAAAAAGACCCACUCAAACUCAAAAUACGAAGGAGGUGAACUCACAGAGUAA